AUGGGGUCAUCGUUUCAGGGUGCAAACACGACAGCAAAGGGAAUUUACAGAAACCUUGUCAAGGCAGUGAGGACGCACGUUGGAAAAGAAGAACACAAAACCCAUUUCACAGAUUUCAUCAUUCAGGAAUUCAGAAGGGGCGUUAACUCUGAAAACCCGCAAAUUCUGAAGCUCGCCCAUGACUACACUUUCUAUCUUAACAGCGUUCAUUAUCACAAGGAGUUGUUGUUCUCAUACAAUAUCGCGGUGGAUAGAUCUGUUGAGUUGAAAAAAGUACUCGGAAAAUCUGCUUCUAGUGUGGGCCUCCAGCUUCCUGAAGUCUAUCAAUCCUGA